CCCCACAAAAGAUUUGAAUUCGGGGUUUCGACCGUUGGGUUUCUGGCACCUUCUAUCCGCCUUCGAUAUUUUGAUUCACCUCCGCUCGUUCUUCUCCUCCGAUCGGAGCGCACAGUAGGGGAGCAACGAGUUCAGAGGGAUCGAGAAGAAAUGCUCAAGAGUCAAAUGGGGAAAUCGGCCGCGAGGAAGCCCCUUGCAGAUAUUUCCAACGGUGGGAAGUCUUUGAAAUCUCGCAAGAAGAAGAUCGCGGAGGAGAGUGAUGAUGGCGCUCUCGAUCGCCUUCUCCUUGUGCGCUCCGAUCUCUCAAAUCUCGUCAGCAAGAUUGAUGAGUUGAUUGCUGAAGCCAUUGAACAUAAGCCACGAAGCAAGAAAGUAAACCAAGAUAUUGAGUCCUUUAGGCACAUCUUAUCUGAUAUGCAUUCAUCUUUGAAGCCAUGGUUCCCGAGACUCCAGCAAGCAUUUGCUGGUACUUCAAUAACUUCUGAAAACCAGCUGGGUCAACCUUUAAAUACUAAUUCUGCUUCUGGUGCACAUGGAAAUGGAAAUGCCGUCCGAAGCAAUAAAACUGAAUUGCAGUUGGGUCAACCUUUAAAUACUAAUUAUGCUUCUGGUGCAAAGGGAGAUGGAAAUGCUGUUCAAAGCAAUAAAACCAAAUCUGAGCUGGACUUGAUAGUCUCUCCUUCACCCCUAGUCUCCUGGCGUGCAGGUGCCUGUAUGGUCGAGAGUGGGAGACAACUGUUUCUGCUGACACCAUUGCCCAAAACAAAAACAUAUUCAUCUAAAUGCCUGGAAUCAUCCAAAUCUAUAGUGGGAAUGUAUGCCAAUGAGGAUCAAUGUAACCCUCAUGAAUUGCCUCCAUUACUACCAGGUACUAAUAAUGCUCUGAGUAAUGUAAUGGAAAGAGUGGAGUUAAAGAACGCACCAAGUGAUGGUCCAAAGCCCAUUGCUAUUGAAACAAAGAACAGUACCUUCGAAAGUGGGUUUGUUUCUCCUUGGAAUUUUUCGAACUACAAGGGCAGGAAAAACUCCUACCUAUUAACUCCAUGCUUAGAGACAUCACCACCAAAGAGUUGUGCCUUGCUUAAUCCAAUCUCUGAGCGCUUUCAGUCGGAUGAUAUACCGACUCAAGAUAACAAUGAUUCCAAACUUGCUGAUGACCUUGUCAGUGAAGAAGUAUCGGACACUUUGGCAUCAAGGUACCAGAAGCUCUUAGGGUUGCAGCCUGCUCCUAAAGUUACAAGCCGAAGAAAGGAAGUUGAUGAACUUGACUGGUUUUUAUCACCCCCAAAGACUUGUAUUUUGAUGGAGCCAUCAGAUGAAAAGCCACCUCCAACUCCUUUUAACAAUGAUCUUUUGCUUGGUACUCCUAUGUUGGAAGACUUUCAGAGCACAAUCCUGACAGGUAGACAUCCUGGAGAAUCUACACUGAAGAGGGAGCUUUGGACUAAGUUUGAGGCUGUGUCUAUGAAUGGUCUGCAUUUUAAUGCUUCUGUCUUUCAAAAAACAUCACGAAAAGGAUUUCUAGACAUGCUUGAGGAGGCUUCAUGUGAAACUACUGAUUCAGAUUCCAUAGCUAUUAGAUAACAGCAGGUUACUGCUAAGAUUUACUUGGUGCUUGGUCAUUCUAGCUGUUGUGCUUGGUCUUCAACACAAUCUACUAGAUUGUGAUUUUGUGCAAUAUCUUGCAGCCCUUUGGGAGGGGAUUAUGAAAAAUAUUUUGAUAUCAUUGUUUAUAUUGUUAACUCAGGAGCUUAAUGAAUGAAUACAAUUUCGAGGCCA